AUGGAUGUCAUGAAGGCGCAGCAACGUAAUGCUUCUCAGGAAUCUCCUCCCAGUGCAGGGCAACAGCCACAAACCACCAACACUUGUGUCAAAAUUUUGCUUGUCUGCCAGGGUCUCGAGGAUGGUUGUGUGGGCCAGGCUCAACAAAAAUCCCGCUACCGUGGCUUAGGGUUGCCAAAAGGGCAUGUCGGUGUCGACAACAAGCUUGCCAAGAUCGAAAACUUCCCGCGCUACACGGUUGCUAAACGCCUUGGCUGGAUUUCUGUAGCAAAUCUCGUUCUUGUGACAUUCCUCUCCCUCAAGCACACACCCCUCGCGCCAUUAUGUGGACGGUCCUACGAGAAACUACGUCCACUCCACAAAACCGCAGGCUAUACAUGCAUUACCACCAGUGUUUUGCAUGCGAUCGUAUACUUAAAUGCAUGGGCCCAGGCACAUGAGUUAAAAAACAUGCGUGAGAGAAACAACCUCACCGGUGGGUUUGCAGGGUUGGCGAUGGUCAUCAUUGGCAUAUCUACAAUCGGCUGGUUUACUCGCAGAUACUACGAAUUGUUCUAUAUCAUCCAUGUCGUGAUGUUUAUGUUGAUCCUGAUCUUGGUCGGAAUGCACCGACCAGAAUUUUCCACCUCCACAGUGAAAAUCAUCAUCUUUACCGGGUGCCUAUGGUUUUCCGAUCGUCUCCUUCGGGGGUUCAAGCUGGCUUGGAACUUCUUCGGGAAUUAUGCGAUAAUCACUCCUAUGGAAGAUGGUGCCGUCCGAGUCAAGCUGCACCGUAACCUCCACUGCACCCCAGGCUCCCACGCGUUCUUGUGGAUGCCCUCUGUCCGCUUGAUGGAAACUCACCCAUUCACACUUGUUUCAGCCGAGCCCGCCGAAUUUCUGGUUCGCAGAUAUGAUGGCUAUACGAACGAACUGUAUGAAAUUGCUCGAAAGCAGCCAGGGAUCAUGCUUCGGUGCUCGGUAGAUGGAGGGUACGGUCAAAUCCCCAAUUUCGUGAACUUUGACCGUGUGAUCCUGCUGGCGGGUGGCAGUGGUGCGAGUUUCACGUUUGCCCUUGCACUCAGCUUGAUCAAGGAGUGUGCAGCUGCAAACAUCUCCAAAACAAUUGAUUUCAUUUGGACAGUGCGAUAUUCUGAAUCCCUAAACUGGUUUGAGAAGGAGCUCCAACAACUCGAGGAAAGCCCUUGCGUGAACCUGUUCCUCUAUGUUUCUCGGGAUGAGGUCGUGUCUGCUGAUUCCUCGAGCCUGGACUCCGCUUUGAUGACCAGCGAUGUAGAGAAAGGGAGAGAGAUGGCCGACCGAACAUCCCGGUGCUCCCCGCCAUCCAGGGGGCGGCCGGAUGUUGGUAACCUGAUCGCUAGCUGCAUAUCUCACUGCGAUUCCGAGUUCCGCAUAGGCGUAGGCGCCUGUGGACCCAGCGAACUGAUUGCGGCCGCACGCGAGGCGACUUCACAAAGCGCAUAUGACAACGGCCCGUCUAUAACUCUGCACACUGAGGUAGAUACCCCACCUGCAUGGCAGAUCGUCUUGCCGUAUGGUCCAGCUAACACGGUCGCGCAGGAAUUCAAGUGGUGA